AUGGAUAUCUUUCGGUACAAGCGAUUGCCUGUAACGUGGGAAGGUACUGUGACCCUUGGCAAAAAGGUUACAGGAAAUGACUACGAGUACCGUCAAAGAUUCAACGCCGCCGCCUUGAACAACCUCCAUAUCAACCACACAGACAGGCUCAUAGUAGUUGACAAACAUGCUUCUUCCGAGCUGACAGCGGAGCAUGCCUAUAGUGUCAAUGGAUCUCUAUUAAUCAAAAAGAAAACUCAAACAACGGAAUUAUGGAUCAUGCCGCAAAGGAAUAAUGUCAUCAAUAAGGAUACUGCCAUAUUGGAGUGUCAAGGAAAAGUGUUCAUAUCUGCGCUAGGCGUAGUACGCAGUUGUGAAAGAAGAGGGGACAAGGACGUAGAUGAAUGGUUAAUUGCGAUAGUUACCCAUCGGGAGUACGAUAACGAGGUGUUUGGCUAUACAGAGUUUGAAAUGGAAUAUUGGAUACGGAGACCGGACAAUCUGGACGAGGACUGGAUUGCUAUUGGAAGUGAGGUAACAUUGAUGGGAGAACUCUUCAGCUGUGGUGUGAAUUCGGCUAUGUGGCAAGUGAAGUGUAAUACUACCACAUGUAUAGUAGCAUAG